ACGAGCUGGUGGUGGGAGAAGGAACAGUCCAUCAGAGUGGGCUCAGGACUCAGACUGGGAUGGAUCCGAACCCCCACUGGUUGUCCUGGGAAUCUGCAUUUUAAACAGAAGCCCUGGUGAUAACUUCCACAAACAUCCUAGAACUUUCCUGGUGCCUGUCCCAACCAGAGACUCAAACCAGAAGGAUGGAGCCCCAGGAGGCUCCUCACACCUCCUCUGACUGGAGCGCAAGUGGCAUCGUUGCUGGGAGGUGAGCCAGCAGCUUCUGGCCCUCCGGGGCCCCUCCGAGUGUAAGUGAUGCCUGAAACGUGAGGCCACACCGCCCCUUCGCAGGGAAACCUGAGCGGUGGAGUGUGCAGCCGGAUUGAAGGGCUGGGAACCUACCGCCUCCGUCCCUGCCUCUCUCCCAAACUUCACCCACCUCCACAUUCAAUCUCAAAGAAGCCAAGGAGCCCAGGAAAGGAGGCCAGCCACCAUGAGGUCAGCAAACACCCCAGGCUGAAGGUGCCUGUGGAUGAGCAAGCUUCGUGAACCCUGCUGACCAUGAGCCGCCAGCUAAAGGGCCAAGGGGAGGAAGCAGGAGGUGGCGUGAGGGAGCAGGCGAGGAGCGGCUCUCCGGGCACAGGUGACAGGUCUGGGAAGAGACCCUCGAGGAAGCGGACUUACAAAGCCGAGGAUGCACCGGGCAGGCGUGGAGUCCAGCCUGGCCAGAAGGAGCGGGCUGGGGGCAGCCCGAGGCCGGGGUCUCCCCGGAGGAAAGAGGCAGAGCGCAGGGGACGCCAAGAGCAGCUGGGGGAGCGGGAGCGGCGAAGCGCAGCAGAGAGGACCAGCGAAGGGAGGAGGAAGAGGGACAGGACGGCUUCCCUCAGGGAGCAGAGAGCACCCCCAAAGAAGGAAAAGGAAGCGAUGUGGAAGCAGCUGAAGAAACACAGGUCUUCCUCCUCGGCCUCCAGUGCCCCUUGUGGGGAGUCUCUGUCUGAGGAGGAACUGGCCCGGAUUCUGGAGCAGGUGGAGGACAAGAAGAAGCUCAUUGCCACCAUGCGGAGCAAGCCCUGGCCCAUGGCGAGGAAGCUGAUGGAGCUCAGGGAGGCCCAAGAAUUUGUGGAGAAGUAUGAAGGAGCCUUGGGAAAGGGGAAAGGCAAGCGACUCUACGCCUGUAGGAUGCUGAUGGCUAAGAAAUGGGUCAAGUUUAAAAGAGACUUUGAUAACUUCAAGACUCAGUGUAUUCCCUGGGAAAUGAAGAUCAAGGACAUUGAAAGUCACUUUGGUUCUUCAGUGGCAUCAUAUUUCAUCUUUCUCCGAUGGAUGUAUGGGGUUAACCUCGUCCUUUUUGGCUUAAUAUUUGGUCUAGUCAUAAUCCCAGAGGUACUGAUGGGCAUGCCCUAUGGAAGUAUACCCAGAAAGACAGUGCCUCGGGCUGAGGAAGAAAAAGCCAUGGAUUUUUCAGUCCUUUGGGACUUUGAGGGCUACAUCAAGUACUCUGCUCUCUUCUAUGGCUACUACAACAACCAGAGGACCAUCGGGUGGCUGAGGUACAGGCUGCCCAUGGCUUACUUCAUGGUGGGGGUCAGCGUGUUUGGCUAUAGCCUGAUGAUCGUCAUUAGAUCGAUGGCCAGCAACACCCAGGGCAGCACCAGCGAGGGGGAGAAUGAUAACUUCACGUUCAGCUUCAAGAUGUUCACCAGCUGGGAUUACCUGAUCGGGAAUUCAGAGACGGCUGACAGCAAGUAUGCCUCCAUCACCACCAGCUUCAAGGAAUCAAUAGUGGACGAACAAGAGAGUAACAAAGAAGAAAAUGUCCAUCUGACGAGGUUUCUCCGCGUCCUGGCCAACUUUCUCAUCAUCUGCUGUUUGUGUGGAAGUGGGUACCUCAUUUACUUUGUGGUGAAGCGAUCCCAGGAGUUCUCCAAAAUGCAGAACAUCAGCUGGUACGAAAGGAACGAGGUAGAAAUUGUGAUGUCCCUGCUUGGGAUGUUUUGUCCCCCUCUGUUUGAAACCAUUGCUGCCCUGGAGAAUUACCACCCACGCAUCGGACUGAAGUGGCAGCUGGGACGCAUCUUCGCGCUCUUCCUGGGAAACCUCUACACAUUUCUCUUGGCCCUGAUGGAUGACGUCCACCUCAAGCUUUCGAAUGAAGAGACAAUAAAGAACAUCACGCACUGGACCCUGUUUCACUACUACAAUGCCUCGGGUUGGAACGAGAGUGUCCCCCGGCCACCCCUGCACCCUGCAGAUGUGCCCCGGGGUUCUUGCUGGGAGACAGCCGUGGGCAUUGAAUUCAUGAGGCUGACGGUGUCCGACAUGCUGGUAACGUACAUCACCAUCCUGCUGGGGGACUUCCUGCGGGCUUGUUUUGUCCGGUUCAUGAACUACUGCUGGUGCUGGGACCUGGAGGCUGGAUUUCCCUCAUAUGCUGAGUUUGAUAUUAGUGGAAAUGUGCUUGGUUUGAUCUUCAACCAAGGAAUGAUCUGGAUGGGUUCCUUCUAUGCCCCAGGCCUGGUGGGCAUCAACGUGCUGCGCCUGCUGACCUCCAUGUACUUCCAGUGCUGGGCGGUGAUGAGCAGCAAUGUCCCCCACGAGCGCGUGUUCAAAGCCUCCCGGUCCAACAACUUCUACAUGGGCCUCCUGCUGCUGGUGCUCUUCCUCAGCCUCCUGCCCGUGGCCUACACCAUCAUGUCCCUCCCGCCCUCCUUUGACUGCGGGCCAUUCAGUGGGAAAAACAGAAUGUAUGAUGUCAUCCAAGAGACAAUCGAAAACGAUUUCCCAACCUUCCUGGGCAAGAUCUUUGCUUUCCUCGCCAACCCAGGCCUGAUCAUUCCAGCCAUCCUGCUGAUGUUCCUGGCCAUCUACUACCUGAACUCAGUUUCCAAAAGCCUUUCCCGAUCUAAUGCCCAGCUGAGGAAGAAAAUCCAAGCGCUCCGUGAAAUUGAGAAGAGCCACAAAUCUGUCAAAGGCAGAGCCACAGCCAGAGAUUCAGAGGAGACAGCUAAUGGCAACUCCAAAAAUUCCACCCAGCUCCAACUCCCCAAAGAAGGGACCAUGCGUCACUCUGCCAGCCAAAGCCAGACCCUCAACCAGAAGGCACAGGGCCCUGGGGCCUCCAGUUCUGCGGGCAAGGCUGUGCCGCCCGCCUCUCAGCACCUUCCUAUAUCUCGGCCCCCUGGCGCCAGACCAGGCUCUGGCCAAGCCCGGCCUCAGGCUCAUCCUUGGAGGUCAGCCUCUGGAAAGAGUGCUCAGAGACCUCGCCACUGACCACGGGGACUGGCAGAAGCCGCGUCCUGGGGUUAAUCCUCAGGCCCCAUCGGCUCACAGCCCCCAGUCGUUCUCUCUUCCUCUCUUCUCUCAUCGAAUGUGGGAACUUUGAUUACUCGAUCUCAGGCCUUGUUGGCUACCAAAACAGAAGGACCAUGGCUUCAUCCACCCUUUAGGAGGGCGGGGCCUCCCCAGUUCCUGGCUCAGGCGGCUUGGACCUGCACUCACAGCAGUUUCCCUCGGCUCCAGACUUUGCGGGGAGGAGCUGGGCCGGGCCCACCAUCAUAGGCUUUUCUCACGGAGCUCAUGUUGGGACCCAGGCUUCUGCCAGCGCCACCUACUGGGCAAGGCUUGGUGGCUCCUGGGACCCUCAAGACGCAGGAAGCUUCCAGCGAGCUAGGAAGCUGGGUAGAGGAGGAGGGCAUAAGUGAGAGGAGGGGUGUUGAUGUAGGGUGCUUUACAGCUGGGAUGCAUCGUGAGAAAACAGUCUAAAGGUUCCCUUCAUCCCUGCAUUCUCGGGUUUGACCUUCCAGCUCAUUCCAUCUUAAAGCUUCGCUAUUCAGCCUGUCCAGGGGUCAUCAGGCAUGAAAACCAUUCUUCUUUCCUUCCUUCCUUCCUCUCUUUCUUUCUUUCCUCAACUCACCUAAGAAUGACUUGAACUAGAAAGUCUAUUUAAC